CGUCGGGGAGGUUUAAACUGAAUGCGGCGCUUCUCCCCAGUUCAUAGAGAUGAACAUGUGCUGAAACCUUUGCAUCCGAAAGUGGACUCUCGGCACUCUCAGGCUCACUGUGCUUAUUUGGGAAAGAAGCACUGAGACCAUCGCGCUUAAUUUAGCUUUAUUGAUCCGCGGAUUAGCGGAGAACGUAUCAGUUAAACUCCGAUUUUUUCCCCUCGGGCGGGAGACAGAGCCCGAAGCUGACGCAUUCGUAUCAUCGGUGCGUUUGUAUUUGGACCAGUCCAACGUUUAAAAAACGUUGAAAUUGGAGACUGGGAGACUGCCACAUUCUAAACCGAUUUUAUUUAAUUGACCUAUCGCCAUCAGCUUACUGCUAAAUGGAUGCAGAGAAGAAGAAGACACUCUUUAGUGCGUGCGCCUUCAUAGCUCUUGUGCCGGCCUAUUUCACCUCCUACGUGCCGUGCGAACCGUGCGAUGGGAGAGCAAUGUCUAUGUGCCCACCCGUACCCACGGGCUGCCAGGUGGUAAAGGAGCCGGGCUGUGGCUGCUGCUUGACCUGUGCGUUGCGAGAAGGACAUGAGUGCGGUGUCUACACGGGCACGUGCGCCACGGGUCUGCGCUGCCUACCUCGCGACGGUGAGGAGAAGCCGCUGCAUGCGCUACUACAUGGCAGGGGUGUGUGCAUGAACGAGAAGGGUUACCGAUCAGCCCGCGAUAAAAAGUCUCCAGAUGAUGUCCUGGGUCCAGUGACAGAGGAUCUACGUUACCAUUCCAAGGUGUUAUUGUUUCCUCAAGACCACAUCAAUAACAAGAGGGUCAUGGCAGUUCUUAAGGCCAGAAAACAGAAAGGGACCUAUUCUAAAGUCAUGGACUUUAUUGAUUACCCCUCCUUCAAAGUAGAGAAGGUCCAGCCCGAAAUGGGAUUAUGUCGGAGGAAGCUGGACAGAGCUGUCCGGCAGAUGAAGGACAUACCUAGAGUUAUGGCUUUGUCUCUCUAUCUGCCUAACUGUGACAAGAAAGGUUUCUUCAAGCGCAAACAGUGUAAGCCCUCCAGGGGGCGGAAGCGCGGCAUUUGCUGGUGUGUAGAUAAAUAUGGGGCCAUGAUGCCAGGAACUGACUACAGUGGAGGCAAUAUCCAGUGCAGAGACCAGGAGAACGACAGCAACAACAAAUAAAAAGCAUCUUUCUCUAAACAAAUACUUUCUUAAUCGUUUGCCAUGUUCUGUUAAGUGUCUAAUCAAGUAUCUGUAAAAGCCUCUCAAAUGUUAGUCAUUUUAACAGAAAGAUUUGUUUGCUUGUUUUACUUCACAAAGGUGUAUAUAUAGUGAAACCUUGGAUUACAAGCAUAAUUAGUUCCGGAAGUGGGCUUGUAUUCCAAAACACUCGUUAAUUAAAGCUCAAAUUAUUUGUUCUACAGCUCAAAUAAAUAUAUACAUAAACAUUAUUAAUACAAAAUAUAAAGUAAAAAUUAAGCAAAUUAACCUGCACUUUAUCUUUUAAAAAAAGUAAAAAUAAAUCCGACAGAUAAGUGUUUCUGUUUAUGCGCGCAGGCGCAUAAACAGAAACUUACUUUCACACACACACACACACACACACACACUACAGGUGAGAGCGAGAGAGUGUCUGUGUGUGUUUGUGUGUGUGUGUGAAAGUAAGAGUCUCCUCAACACACACAUAUACACAAACACACAUACGCACACAGCGCCUGCGAGAAAAUUGGUUUCUAACCUCUCUAAUGAGACUUUCUUUUGCUUUACACGUGCGCACACAUGUUAUAAGAAAAAGUACACGCGUACUGUACACAUGCGCUUACAAACACAAAAUAAAAUGUUUUACACACACACACGUGAUCACAGUGUUAUAGUAAACGCGUGCACAGAUGUUGAUUAAAACAGUAAAAGACACGCUCUAAAACCCAGCAGAGGAGACGAUUACCCACAAUUCUGCAGCACAAGAGAGAGAAAAAACAUUGGCUCAGUUGUGAUCAUGUGGCGCUCGGCGUCGAAACAAGAAUCUUUGCUCGUCUUGCAGAACACCAGCAAACCGCAUUACUCGCAAUUUGAGGUUUUACUGUGUGUGUGUGUGUAUGUAUAUAUAUAUA